GUUGUCCCAUCUUCCUUUCUUUUUCUCUUUCUUUAUUAACUUUUUCAAAAUUAGUUUUGUAUAAAUAGGAUAAAUCCUGCUCUUUGUUGUCUCAUCUUCCUAUGUGUUCUUCUUUUUCUUGAACAGUUACAGCUUAAAUUAAACUAAAGAUUUUCUAUGGCUGAUCAGAUAGCAGGAGGGGCUAAUGGGAAUCAUGUUGUAACUUUGAAUAUUAAAGAAGAUGAUGAUUUGAAUAACAAUGAUUCUUCUUCAUGUUGCAGCUUUCUUACUGUUCCUUUCAUUCAGAAGAUAAUAGCAGAAAUGAUAGGAACAUAUUUCUUGAUAUUUGCUGGCUGUGGAUCAGUGGUGGUAAAUGCAGAUAAAGGAAUGGUAACAUUUCCAGGAAUAGCCAUAACUUGGGGACUUGUGGUAAUGGUCAUGGUUUACUCAGUUGGCCACAUUUCUGGUGCUCAUUUUAAUCCUUCUGUUACUAUUGCCUUUGCCACAGUCAAAAGGUUCCCUUGGAAACAGGUACCAGCUUAUGUAGCAGCUCAAGUUCUUGGAGCAACCCUAGCAAGUGGAACUUUAAGACUAAUAUUUAAUGGAAAACACGAUCAUUUUGCUGGAACUCUACCUACAGGGACUGAAUUUCAAUCAUUCGUAGUUGAGUUCAUAAUCACAUUUUAUCUCAUGUUUGUCAUAUCCGGCGUUGCAACCGAUAAUCGAGCUAUUGGGGAACUUGCUGGUCUUGCAGUGGGCUCAACCAUUUUGCUUAAUGUGAUGUUUGCCGGGCCGAUAUCGGGAGCAUCGAUGAAUCCAGCAAGAAGUUUGGGCCCAGCAAUAGUGUCAAGCCAUUACAGAGGACUAUGGAUUUACUUAGUGAGCCCAACACUUGGGGCCAUAGCAGGAGCUUGGGUUUACAAUAUCAUUAGAUUUACUGACAAACCUUUGCGUGAAAUAACCAAAAGUGGCUCUUUUCUUAAAUCUAAAAAUUCUAACACUUAAAUACAAAAACUCCACAAUUAAUAAGAGAAGCCUACUUUUUUCUUCUCACACGAGAGAGAGAGAGAGAAACAGAGACUACUAGUUAUGUGGUUACUUUUGUAAUAUACAAAGGGAAGACUUUGUAAUUUGUAAAAUAAAUGAAGUUAAAUCGAUGCUUUUAGUA